AUGGUCUUUCCGUGGAUUAAGCCAAUGUAUUCCGGUGUUUUACCGCCUGCUUGCUUCUGCUGUAUUAAUGCUCUCAAUGUUUAUUAUAACCACUACACUGACGAGAGUGGCAACAGGUGUGCCUACCAUUCUGAUCAUUCAUUGCUAGAAACAUACGUGUUUUUUAUUCUCACACUGACGAUUGCUGCCCUCAGUAACGUUGGGAGUUCGAUAAAUCAAGGAAGCACCUACGGCAUUCUUUCGUUCCUACCAGGAAGUAAUGCUCGCGGUUUUCUUGAAGGCCAGGCGGUUGCCGGGAUAAUUGCGUCGGUGGCUAACAUAAUUACAAUUUCAGCGGCGAGCACCCCCUUGGAUGUUGGCUUUGCAUACUUCAUUAUUGCCACGUGCAUAAUUGCAUUCACGAUCUGCCUGUUUGUCCUCCUCUUCAAAAACGCGUAUUUCCGAUAUUAUUGGAAAAGUGAAGGUAGCAAUGUGGUAACCGAUGAGAGUCCGUGCAGCAUAAAGGUCAAACGAAUAAUCGUUAACCUCUGGCAUGCAAUGUGGGAAGUCAGAUGGACCGGAUUGACGGCUUUUCUCACAUUCACAGCUACAUUGACUGUGUUUCCAAAUGUUUUCGUGCUGGUGAUUCCAAACAACUUUGACGAAACCAAUGUGUGGCACAGUUUUUUGGUGUUUUGGCAGCCCAAAUUCGACCAAAAGAAGCUCUUCCUGUGUCUGGCCGUUGUUCGCUUCGUGAUUGUGCCAUUGGCGAUGUUUUGCAACAUUGGCUCUCGCAUUAUUCCUGUGGCAUUCUACCAUGACGCCGUCCCAAUCAUCCUCAUCAUAAUCCUGGGUCUAACCAACGGCUAUUUCGUCUCCUUAGCCGUAAUUUACGCACCACGGUGA